AGCGCACAGCCUGCCUCUGUUAUCAUUUCCCCAUCCCAGGAUGGGGAUUAGCAGGUGACAGCAGCUAUUCAGAAACCGCACUGCCAUCAGCAUCAUCUCUGCUCUCUAAUCACCCCUCAGUCUGCCUGCAGACCACCCGACACGCAGGAUGUACUCGCUGGACUACGACGAGGUGACCUCCUUCCUGGGGGACUGGGGUCCGUUUCAGGUGACUAUCUUCAUCCUGCUCAGCCUCAGCACCGUGCCCAACGGAUACACCGGCAUGGCCAUGGUGUUCCUCGCAGACACACCCAGCUACCGGUGUAGAACCUCCCACUGGAACGGGAGCGCUGCCAGCCUGGAGCACACCUGGGGAACCUGCUCUCAGGUGCCAGCCCUGAAUGGCAGCAGCAACGGCACAGGGCUGUGUGUGGACGGCUGGGAGUACAGCACUGAACGCUAUGAGUCUACUAUAGUCACUGAGUGGGACCUGGUGUGCGAAAAUUCCUGGAAGGUGCCUUUCAGUCUGUCCAUCUUCUUCCUGGGCGUGCUGAGUGGAUCCUUCGUGUCGGGAGAGCUGUCUGACAGGUUCGGACGUAAGGUGGUUCUAUUUGCCACUAUGGCCAUCCAGACCCUGUCCAGUUUGAUCCAGGUGACCUCCGUUAGCUGGGAGAUGUUCUGUGUGUUUUUCUUCCUCACUGGCAUCGGGCAGAUCUCCAACUACAUGGCAGCCUUUGUCCUAGGCUGUGAACUGCUGGGGAAGAAUUUGCGUGUGGUUUAUUCAGUUCUGGGCACCUGUGUGUUUUAUGCACUGGGCUAUGCCCUCCUCCCCCUCUGUGCUUAUUUGUUAAGGAGCUGGAGGCUGCUGCUGACUGUCCUCUCUCUGCCUGGCCUACUCUACAUACCCCUCUGGUGGUUUAUUCCAGAGUCUCCACGCUGGCUGCUGGCUAAAGGCCGGGUCCAAGAAGCUGAGGACAUCAUUAGAGCAGCAGCCAGGAGAAAUGGCAUCACUCCUCCUGAGGUCAUCUUCAAGGGUUCGGACUUUCUGCUCUCUGAGAGUCGGGCCAAAAACUCUGAUGUCUCCUACACAUACAUGGACCUAAUCCGGACCCCAAAGAUGAGGCACAUAACUCUGCUCAACGGUGUUGUAUGGUUUAUCAUCACCAUCACUUACUUCGGCUUGUCUCUGAGCACCCCUAACAUGAAUGGAGACCCGUAUCUGAACUGCCUGCUCUCUGCUCUGAUGGAGAUCACUGCUUAUGUUCUGGCCUGGAUUCUGCUGAAGCUGCUGCCCAGGAGAGCGCUCAUCACUGGCCCGCUGCUUUCCGCUGGCCUGGUUCUGCUGCUAAUCCAUGUUGUACCUCCAGAUUACAGUGGGGUGACUGUGGCUCUGGCUAUGGGGGCCAAGCUGGGGGUCACUGCAGCGUUCUCCGUGCUCUAUAUCUCAGCGGUGGAGCAGUUCCCCACCGUGGUGCGGGGCAUGGGGAUGGGCGUCUGUUCCAUGUGCUCAAAAACCGGCAGCACGCUCGCUCCUUUCUUCCCCUACUUCGGUCACUAUGAUCGGAUCCUGCCCUACAUUCUGAUGGGGGCGCUGACCGUGUUAGCUGGGCUGCUGAGCAUUCUGAUGCCAGAAACUCGAGGCUCGCCCCUGCCUGAGGACCUCUCGCAAGUGCAGACUCUUAACUGGUGCUGUGGCUGCUGUAGACCAGCAUGUUCAAGAAGAAGCUGUAAGACUGAGAAGGCACACAAGCUUCCGCCAGCUGUGUGAUUCCAUGUACACUACAUACCUCAUACGUAGAUAGUAUAAAACUUGACUUUGGUACACUGAAAAAAGCAAUACAUUUAGAUUGACAUUCAAAUGUGUGAAUCAUUAUAUGGUCUUAUAUUCAUUAUAGAAGUCUUAAAUAGACCAUAUUAAGUCUUGAAAAAAUGAAUAAAAUAUUUUAGAUCCACACAGUUUUGCACUUCUGUUUACUUUCUUACUUACUGGUAAUGACUGUGGUGUGAUAAUAUAAUGUUUUAUUUGUGUGGAGAUGCUUUGCACACCAUAUUACAAUCUGUUAAACUUAAUGUAUUACUUUUUGCAGUGUAUGCAGACAGUAUUUUUCCAAUGGAAUAAGGUUUACUCUUAAAACUAGGCACCAUUGUUCAUACUGAUGCUGAAGGUGCGCACCAAAUGUGUCAUAAAUGUCAUGUUAUGUCAUGUGAGCUGUACUGACGUGCACAAGUUUUAUGGUUUAAAAUGGUCAUACUUGUACUAAGGCCUGUUUCUAUGUCUUUUGAUUUAUUUUUUAUAAUUGAAUUUGUGUUGUAAAUCCAGGGUAACACUGUUAACAUUGUGAAAAGAUGUGAUUUUUAAAUUGGUGAGAGUUUGUUUUUUACUGUGCUGUUCAUUAUUGACCUGAUAUAGGAUUGAAAUGAACAAUGAACAAUGAACACUUCUAUUGUUAUAUUGUAAAUAAAGGGAGGCUUACUACAUUGUGAAGUGA